UAGAAUAUUUCGCCAUUUCUCAAAACAACCAGUCUGUUGAAAGGUUGCUAUUUGCACGGUGCUCAAACACGUCUGCCCAUAGACCAAACGGCGAAAACUAUUCGACCGCUUUUCAGAUUUCCAACCUCUUUGCAAGGUGUCUAAGAACAAGAUAUUUGUCUGAGAGACCGAAAACAUCUGAAAAGAAUCUAUCUGUAUCUCUGCUGCGGACGUCCAAGGUCAACAAGUCCCCAAGUGCACUCAGAUUAUUAUAAUUAUUGUGCCUGGUGUGUAUUCAGCACACUGCCGCGUGCCUGCUGCAGUACUCACUGCUCGCCCGUCUCCGACGUGUGGUACUACUACAGCUUGAAGACCUACCAGACUUUCCUUGAACCCCGAGAAUCCGGCGUUUGACGACUCUUCUCGCUUGGAGCUGUCGAAUAGAGCUCGGCCCCCGUCCCAACAGCUCCCGGGUACUGCGAACUUGCCCUUCGGUCAUUUCCUACAGCGUCACCACGUCACCAACUGCACACUCCACUCCACUGCGUAGUGCUGAAGUCAUUCUGCAUCGAGUUACCUAUGCCGGCCGUGUUGUCUUGAGAGAAAGAGAGAACUGCGAGCAGUGCUAGUGGCGGUGAGUAGAUUUCACGGCCUUGGGCUAGUGAGUACCGUACAACCGGCAGGCGACGAUUUCCUGAUGUUCGACCCAUCUGCAGCGCCGGUGAUGGCUACAACUGCUAUUGCUACUGACCACACAGCGGGUGCUAUGCACAGCCACCAGCAUCAUCAUCAACACCAGCCCCAGACCCAGCCGCAUUAUCGGAGAUGGAGGUUCCAACCCUAUCCAUUGCCACACCAAGCGGCCAUUGCCAUGAACGCUGCGGCCGGUCCGCCAGUGCAAAUGCCUACACCGUCCCCGCCACACAGCGCCAGCAGACUCUAUCAGAACGGAGAAGAGAACGGCCUCACCAGUGACCAGCACCAGCAACACCAACCCGGCACCUCGUCCGAAGGUGCCAUGUACUCGCAAGGCUACCCCUCCCAGGCAACAUCCACCAUUCUAACGUCGCCAUAUGAUACUAUGCCCUCAGUGCCAGCAUCACAACCCGUGCUCAUUGGUUCACCAAUGAUUCAUGACACCGAGGCACAAGAAAACAAAAGUGUCUGCACCAAAGACGACAGUCCGGCUGACUCCCAUGGUCAGGAUGCGAGCGUGGCAUCCAUGCCAAGGAGCGUUGACUGCGGCUCAGGCAGCAGCCCACGUUAUGUUAUACGGCGGCCCGUUCAUCCGAAAGACAUCUUUGAGAGGGUGCAGGGCCGCUUCUCGCUAUUGGGUUCCUCCAACAAGUACAACGUCACCGUCGGGGAGAUCAAGCGACGCAUCAAUCCUCCCGAAUGUCUGAACACAUCGCUGCUGGGAGGCCUGCUCCGGAGGGGCAAGGGUAAGAAUGGUGGUAAUGACCUUCGUCAUAAGCUGGAGGACUGUGGACUAGUACUACCACCAGGCCGCAGAAAGGCCACCAGCGUAUCAAUGCUGACGUCGCUAGUUGAGUCGGAAGCGCAGGACUUGUCCAAUCAGUUCACAAAGGUUUGCCAGGCAAUCUUCCCCGCUGCUGAGCUAGCGCGUAACGUCGCCCAUGCUAAAGAGCCGUUCUUGCAGCGACCUGGCGCAAGAGAAGAGGAGCAGCAGAACAUAAGAGUUUGUGUGAACUUGGUGUCGGAGUUGCGUGAUCUAUUGGAGCACUAUAUAGCUCAGGAGGAAGUGGACAGGGACAAUCCGGACGCGCCGAUGACCGGCCUCCGCUCGUUCAGCCUGAUCACGCAUAGCUUUGGCGUGACCACCAUCAGUGGUGUUCUGGGCACGCUGAUCUGCUACCUGAACGGACUGCUCAAGUACACUGCAGCCAUGCCACCAGUGGAGGGUGGCGGCGGCAUGUACAACCCUGGUCACCAUGGCCACCACAACCACGGCCAUCGAUACGUCCCCCUGCCACAGCACCACCAGCAGCAACACCAGCAGCAGCGCUGAACCAGCGGCAGGACACGUCACUUGCUGAUGACCACUAGCUAAAGCAACCAGUGCUAUUGUUAUAAUUUCUACUAGUGAAGUUACACUACCAGCACCAAGACAACGGUGAUGACUGCCGACUCUGCUGACACGCUCGGCACCUCACCCCCGGGUGGACUGUUCACAACGCAAUGCACUCUCUAUCCCUCCUGCUGGUGCAAGGCACUUCAUCCUGCGACUAUAAAGAAAGACUAUAUCACGGCUCAUAUGAGAGCGACAAUAACAACACUUUUUUUAAUUAAAAAAAAACUGGCCAAUGAUCUUUUUGCACUCACGAUAUGCUGGCUUAUUUAAUUCGAAACAUCCCGCUGGGCCUGUCGUAACGUUGUAAGUUCGCUUGUGGGCGCUUUCUUGUUCCGUCUUGUUCGUUAACGGUUUUGAGAUAAAGCAGUCUUGUUUAAAUUGCAUGGCUAAGAGUGUCAUUCAUCCAUGGACGUGAUAAGAUAAUUUUACUGAGUCGUGAUGACUCAAACGUGA